GUAAGUACUACAAUACUGAACUCAAUGCAUAAAUAUCAGCCGCGCUUUCAUUUGGUGCGAGCCAACGAUAUCUUGAAGCUACCAUAUUCCACGUUUCGCACGUACGUGUUCAAGGAGACGGAGUUCAUAGCCGUGACUGCAUAUCAAAAUGAGAAGAUAACUCAGCUGAAAAUCGACAACAAUCCCUUUGCGAAGGGCUUUCGUGAUACUGGUGCUGGCAAACGGGAGAAGAAGCAGGCGCUGAUGUCCAACCGAGGGUCCGACUCGGACAAAUUGAAUCCCACGCACGUGAGCAGCUCCCGGGCGCCGCUCCAUCUGGGCCACGCCGGACGGCCGCCCCAUCUGCAUCCGGCGCAUGCGGCCGCGCUGCUGGACAACCAGCAGGACGACGACGACAAGCUGCUCGAUGUGGUCGGCCCGCCCCAGAGUCCGCUGCUCCCGCUGAGCCACUCGCUGCAGCAGAUGCACGCGCACCAGCACUCGGCAGCUUUGGCCGCCUGGUUCAAUCACUUGGCUGGCGCUGGCGCCGGCGAGCAUGCGGCCGCGGCGAAUGCGGAGGAUGCGCUGCGCCGACGCCUGCAGGCGGACGAUGUGGAGCGCGAUGGCAGCGAUUCGAGCUGCUCGGAGAGCGUCGGCGGCAGCACCGGCGGUGCCUUUCGCCCCACCUCGACGGGCAGUCCCAAGGAGGGCGUGGGCGGCGGUGGCGGUGCGGCUGCUGCGGCGGCAGCGGCUGCGGCCGGACUCAAUGCGGCCGGCAGCUAUCCGUCGCCGAACAUCUCAGUGGGCCCGCCCAUACACCCGUCGCCGCAUCUGUUGCCUUACCUCUAUCCGCACGGCCUCUAUCCGCCGCCGCACCUGGGACUGCUGCACAAUCCGGCGGCGGCCGCUGCCAUGAAUCCGGCCGGACUCAAUCCGGGCCUGCUGUUCAACGCGCAGCUCGCGCUGGCCGCCCAGCAUCCGGCGCUGUUCGGGCACGCCUACGCGGCGGCCGGCCACACGCCCGUCUCGCCGCUGCAGGGCCUGAAGAGUCAUCGCUUCUCGCCGUACAGCCUGCCGGGCAGCUUGGGCUCCGCCUUCGAUGCGGUCACGCCCGGCUCGAAUGCGAAUCGCAGCGGUGGCAAUGGCAGCGCCGACGCAGCUGCGCCGCCCAAUCUUCUACCCUCCGCAGGAGGCGGGGGUGGGGGCGGCAGUGGCGGUGGCGGCGGCGGCGGCGGCCUGGGCCUGGACAAUGGACCGCGCAGCCUGAGCUCCAGCCCGAGACCGCGCGCCUCUUCGCACUCGCCGCCGACGCGGCCCAUAUCAAUGUCGCCGACGACGCCGCCGUCGCUGCUGAAGCGGCAGUCGCAGCACUCGCCGUCGGAGCUGAAGAGCAUGGAGAAGAUGGUCAACGGUCUGGAGGUGCAGCACAAUGGCAGCGCCGCAGCAGCGGCGGCGGCGGCGGCAGCGGCAGCGGCGGCAGCAGCAGCAGCGGCCGCCUCGCUGCUGUCGGAGGAGUCGUCGCAGCUGCAGCAUCACACGCAGGCGCAUCACACCGCACAUCCGCACACACAUCCGCACGGACAUCCGCACGGGCUGACGCACGCGACGCACCACGCGUCGGCCGGUGCGGAUCAGUGACAAUUACAGGACGGCCGCUCCGACUGCGAGGAGGGCGGCCCCCACGAGCUGGACGACGACGAGGACGACGACCACGAUCGC